AUGUUGAGACGCUCUUCUCACCAUCGUUCAUCUCCAAAAGAUGGGAUUAGGAGUGAUAGAGACAAACAAAGGGGUACCCGUGAAACAAGAGACAUAGAUAGGGAUAAAGAUAGGAGCAGGGAGGACAUAAAUGGAAAGGGUAGAGAUAAAGAUAGAGAAAGAGAAAGAGAAAGAGACAGAGGUGGUGACAGGGAUAGGGAGAGGGAGAGAGUGAGGGUAAAAAGGGAACAUAGACGUGAACGAGCACCAUUUUCUCUAAACCUUGCAUCAGAAACUGUUUGCAGAAGAAGAGACCUUUUCCCCUUGGGGAAUGAAAAAGAUCAUCUUUCUAAAAAUGAAAUAAGACGUGUUCACUCUGUAAGAGCCCUUGGUCUUAGUCUUAAAGAGAAGGAAGCCGGCAAUAACACGAUAGCAAAGAGCAAAGAAAGCUAA